AUGAGAAAAUUCUUGAGAGCCCUGCUGGAACGAAAGCAGAAAACAAGAAUUGAAGAAUUGAAUGAAAAGUAUCUCGAAAUUAUGAGAAGAGGUACUAACGCUGCAACAGCUCAAGCUCGUUUCCAGAGAAGUACUGGCUUGGAUACCGAAGAUGUUAUCACCGGUAAACAACAUAUUUUGCAUAAACAAAGAAAGGAUCGUUUGGCUUUCAAACCGGACAGAGAAAUUCUCGAGAAUAGUACUUAUCCUGCUGAAUUUCCAAGCACCUACGUUCCUGUACCAGAACCAGAAGUACCAGAUCGUAGAGGAAGAAGAGCCUUGGGAGCAUUAUAUAAAUUGUACAAGGAGCUGUACAAUCGUCAUAGAAAAUUUGUUUGGUUUAAUGGAUAUGAACCAUCCGUUCAAUGUGCCGGUGUUUGGGUUGCUCCUUCUGCUACCGUCAUCGGAGAUGUUAGAUUAUGUGAUAAUGUUAAUGUUUGGUACAAUGCUGUUUUGCGAGGCGACAAGAAUAGAAUUGAAGUUGGGCCUCAUACCAACAUUCAAGAUGGUGCAAUUAUUACCGUUGAUGAUAAGCCAACUCUUGCUGGAUUCGAGAGUGGUGUUGUCAUUGGUGGCCAUACUACGAUUGGACACGGUGCUAAAUUACACGCUUGUCGUAUUGGCAACGAAUGUGUUAUCGGAAUGAAUGCCACUAUUCUCGAAGGAGCAAUUAUUGAAGAUAAUGCUGUUAUUGCUGCCGGCUCUUUAGUACUUCCAAAUACCAGAGUUGGUCACGGUGAAAUGUGGGCUGGAUCACCUGCUCGAUUGAUCCGCCAUUUGGGCCAUAAUGAAGAGCUUCAAGUCAAGACAGACGCUUUAAAUUAUGUUCAUCUCGCAGAAAAGCACGCAUUAGAGUUCACAACAACCGGUAUGGCAUACAAGGAAGUCGACACAAUUGUGGAAAAGCUUGAGGAACUCAAUCCAGAGAGCAGAGAUGACAGAGCUGUUCAUUGGGGAGUUUGGCACGAACAGUCAAAAUCUGCAACUGUUUCUUUGUGGAAGAAGGACAGAAUUCUCUAA